GUUUGAUUUUCUUUUCCUUUUCGAGCCCCUCUCUCUCUCACUCUUUUCUUUUCCGAGAACCCAACAAAAAAAAAGCUACUAUUAAUCCUUCCCCUCGUGAGGAAAUCAUUUCUUCUUGUUUCUCGAGAUUUAUUCUCUUUCUCUCUCUCUUUCUCUGUGUGUUUCGUGUCUUCAGAUUAGUUCGAUGUUUCGUUCAGACAAGGCGGAAAAAAUGGAUAAACGACGACGGAGACAGAGCAAAGCCAAGGCUUCUUGUUCCGAAGAGGUGAGUAGUAUCGAAUGGGAAGCUGUGAAGAUGUCAGAAGAAGAAGAAGAUCUCAUUUCUCGGAUGUAUAAACUCGUUGGCGACAGGUGGGAGUUGAUCGCCGGAAGGAUCCCGGGACGGACGCCGGAGGAGAUAGAGAGAUAUUGGCUUAUGAAACACGGCGUCGUUUUUGCCAACAGACGAAGAGACUUUUUUAGGAAAUGAUUUUUUUUGUUUGGAUUAAAAGAAAAUUUUCCUCUCCUUAAUUCACAAGACAAGAAAAAAAGGAAAUGUACCUGUCCUUGAAUUACUAUUUUGGAAUGUAUAAUUAUCUAUAUAUAUAAGAAGAAAAAAUUGCUUAGGAAUUUCAAAUUUUUACCAGCCUCCAUCGACACAUGAUAUAUCCCUCUAUAGAAGUAUAGUAUUAGUAGCUGUGAUUUAAUGAGAUAAAUCACACUUUUCUAAAGUCUGUUUUCCUAAGAUCGACUGUAAAUUUUAAAUUUAACUAUGUUCGCUAUU